AUGGCGUUUCUCUUCAAAUCCAAGAAGAACCAGGAUCGCGCGCUGUCUAGCCGUGAUGGCAAUGCUCCUCCCCCGACCGCCAUGGCUGGCGCCAAUGCCCGUAUGCAAAACGAGAAACACAGGGCCACGCCCACCGGCAGCGUAAACUCGUUGGAAAACGAUGCCGUCACCACACCCGAGCGCCUGGUUACUUCUGCCCAUAGCCGUCGAGGCGGUAGUGUGGACAAUAAUAAUGCUCUGGGAAAUCCCGCUGGCGACGCUGCACCUCGCAACGGCCCCCCAGUCUCGAACCCAAACGCCUCUCUGUACCCGUGGUCGCAACGGCGAAUAAAUUAUGGCGGUUCAAGCACUAGCCCGUUUCCUCGAUAUGGCGCCGCCGUCAAUAGCGCCUCCUCUAAAGAAGGCGACAUCUACAUGAUGGGUGGCCUGAUUAAUAGUUCCACCGUUAAAGGCGAUCUCUGGAUGAUCGAAGCCGGCGGCAGCAUGUCCUGCUACCCCUUACCCACGACUGCUGAGGGACCAGGGCCUAGAGUUGGUCACUCAAGUCUACUAGUUGGUAACGCCUUCAUCGUCUAUGGCGGUGACACCAAGAUUGAGGACGCCGAUGUCCUCGAUGAAACCCUCUAUCUCCUCAACACAUCAACCCGGCACUGGUCAAGGGCUCUGCCUGCUGGGCCUCGCCCGUCCGGCCGUUACGGUCAUUCAUUAAACAUAUUGGGCUCCAAAAUUUACAUCUUUGGUGGCCAAGUCGAAGGAUACUUUAUGAAUGACUUGGCUGCGUUUGAUCUUAACCAGCUUCAGAUGGCCAACAACCGGUGGGAGAUUCUGCUCCAGUCCGACGCCUCUCCCAGCAUCCCAGCCGCUCGAACAAACCACACCGUCAUCAACUACAACGACAAGAUGUACCUUUUUGGUGGCACCAACGGCUUUGAAUGGUUCAACGAUGUUUGGUGCUACGAUCCGAAAGUCAACAAAUGGUCACAGCUCGACUGUAUCGGCUACAUCCCCUCUCGCCGCGAGGGCCAUGCCGCAGCCCUUGUCGACGACGUCAUGUACAUUUUCGGAGGCAGAACCGAAGAGGGCACCGACUUGGGCGAUCUCGCCGCCUUUCGAAUCUCCCUGCGACGCUGGUACACAUUCCAGAAUAUGGGCCCGUCGCCCUCACCGCGAUCCGGCCACAGCAUGACAACUGUUGGCAAGUCCAUCGUUGUACUCGGUGGCGAGCCUAGUACUGCCGCAUCCACCGUCAAUGAUCUUGGUAUCCUUUAUGUUUUGGAUACGACUAAGAUUCGCUAUCCCUCCGAUACUCAGCAGAACUCGAUUCGUGCCCCCCAGGCCGGCCGACCGAGCCUCGAAAACGGGAAUCGUCAACUCCCAGGGACUGUCAAUACGGGCCAGGACCCAAAACGAAUUACACAAGGCCCAGCCGCAGGCACUGUGGCUGGCGCCGCCGCAGCCGCCGCCACCGCUGCAGUUGUCACUAAUGGGCCUGGGCCAAUCUCAAGCCCCGACUCGAGCCGGUCGCUCAACCCGGCCAGCCCUGAACCUCAGGGCCCAGCUGGUGCGGGAUCGAAAUUGCCUCGCCCUGCGCCUCCACCGGCCGCCUCACCACCCCAGGCUCCUUCCGGUGCGAAAUCCCCUCCAGAGCCCUCCUCUAUUGGGCGAGUGCGUGGCGCAUCCGUCGACCGCCCUGGGCCCGGCUCGCCGAAGCCCGACUCGGUCGAAGCUUCUGCACGCCAACUCGCCGCAGAUCCCGAAGGCCCCGUUGCCGCCACUGUCAAUGGUCAACGGUCACCUCCACAAAGCUCAAGAAUCGCGAGCGCGGCUGAAAAGGCCCGCUCCCCUCGCCCGUCACAGGGCUCUAUCGACAGCACUUUGGAGUCUUCGCGUGUCAACCGUCCGGCGUCACCACCGCCUCCGACUCGACAAGGCGGCAGCCUGGUGAAUCGCCGUUCAUCCGGGCGUAACUCGCAGACUGUUGCGUUGCUUAAGGAACUCGAUGCUGCGCGAAACAAGAAUGCUUGGUAUGCCUCCGAACUCGAGCUGGCUCGAAAAGGGGGUUAUGCCCCGAACACCUCUAGCCCUGCCCUAGACAAGUCCUCCGAAACAUUCGACGACGAAGACAGACCUCUCAUUGAGGCUCUGUUGGCCAUGCGAACCGAACUCGCCAAUGUUCAAAGUUCUGUUGACAAACAAGCCGUCCUCGCUGCCAGGCAAAUCGCCGAAGCAGAGAGACAAAGAGAUGCUGCCAUCCAAGAAGCCGUAUAUGCAAAAGCCAAGGUAGCUGCGUACACGGGAGGCAGCGCCGCCAGUACCCCGCAGCUCGACGGGGAGCGUGAUGAAGUCGGCCGCUCCGACGGUAUCAGCAAGAAGCUGGCGACGGCACUGCACAUACAAAAAGACCAGCAAGCUCAGAUUGAAAGCAUGAGAUCAGAACUAGAAGCCGAAAGACGCGCCCGCCGCUUAGCCGACGACACUUCCAAUGCCGCCGAAAAGCGUCUCGCCCAGCUCGAGUCUUACAAGCAGCAAACCUCGGCCGAAGUUGAACGUCUGAAGUCUGAGCUGCAUUUGUCACAGCGGGAGGCCCGGGAACAUUCCGUUUCUUCCUCUGAUGCUGUAGCUGCUUUAGCUUUAUUAAAGGCUGAAAAGGAGGAAGUCACGAGCAAGUACAAUGACGCCAUCGGAGCAUCGAAGAACCAUGACGAGACCUUUGUCUCCCUACGAGCCGCGAUCAAGGCUUCGGAAGACGGCAAGUCGCACGUGGAGAAGAAGUUGGCGGAAGAGCGCACCGCUCGGGAAAAGCUGGAGACCAAGUUCAACAAGCUCAAGGUCGAGCACGAAGCCUGCACUGCCGAGCUAGUUGCCUCUACCCAAAGAUUACGCGAUGCUGAGGAACUGGCAGACAAGCACGCAAACGAAGCCCGAACGCACCGUGCAGUUGUUCUCUCAGGACUGGACAAGAUAACUCUGCGGGACUCGCCCAAGUCGAACAGUGGAGAGGCUGAGCGAUCCACAGUCCUGCAUGACCAGGUCACCAGCGCCAACGCGUUGGUCAAGAAGUAUCAGCAGGAGCUUGAUGCCGCUGCUGAUAAGCUUCGAAGUGCUGAAGAGCGCAUUGCUGGUCUGGAGCAGUAUCAGGAGCAGUCAAGCCGUGAGGGUGUCUCCAUCAGAAGACAGCUUCAGGCCGCCUUGAGGGAGACUCAAAGCCUGCAGGCUGCUCACUCUGACGUGAAGAACAAGCUUGCCGCGCAGCAACUGGAGACGAACGCAAUGACUGUGCAGCACACUGCGCUCAAGGACAUUUUGAAUGAGCGCGGCAUCAGCCCCACGGCUGCGGUGCGCAGUCGAGGAUUCGCCAGCCCUCGCACCACUUCGCCCGAGCAAACCCGUCUGCGCGAGCUAGAAUCCCAACUGGCAAGCUCCCAUGCUUCUCACGAAGAAACCAAGCAAGCUUUUGCUGUGCAGGCUCAGGACUCAGAAUCUGCUUAUCGUGAGAAGCUCACCCAACUAGAGAACGACUACCAAUCUGCUGUACAUUACGUCAAGGGCACCGAGAAGAUGCUGAAGCAGCUUAAGGAGCAGCUACAGCGCUACAAGUCGGAGAAUGCCCGUCUCAAAACGGAUAUGGAGGCGUUGGAAGACCGUCUGCAGAAUGGCGAGAGCAACAGCCGAUCUGCCGAAGCUCCCGCCGGAUGGGAGACUGAAAAGCACAACCUCGAGCAAAAGAUUGAAACUUUGCAAGAAGAGCUCCGCACUUCUGGCUCUCAACUAGAGAAGAAGUACGCUGGGGUGCAAAGAGAGCUUGCCGAUUUGCACCAGAACAGGGAGCACACGACGAAGCAGCUGGCCACGCACGUCAAGGACCUGGACCAACUGCGCUCUGAAAAUGCCCUGCUCGAGCAGCGCGCUACUGACGCCGAGCAAAAGGUGUCCCUGCUGCUCGACCAAGUGGAGCACUCGGUUGACAGCUACCGUCGUCGCAGCCGACCCAACAUGAUGACACCUAUCGACGCUGGUGGCUCCAACGGCAUGAGCGGUUUGGGCCACGCGCGUCAGGAGAGCUCCGAGGCGGAGAGUGUAUACGGAGGCGGCGGUGCCGGGGGUGGCGGCGGCGCCAGCGGUGGUGGCGGCGGUCACGGCAGCAUGGACGGCCGCAACAGCGCCGCCCUCGACAACCUCGCCAGCGAGCUCGAGACGCUGCGCACGCACUGGGAAGCCACAAACAAGAACUACCGCCUGAGCACUAACUUUGACUUUGACCCGCCUGCCGACCUGAAGAAGGACGACGAGGGCAUACCCGGCGCGGGGCUCAGCGAGAGUCUGGCCGACUGGCGCAAGAAGCUAGACGCCGAGGAGCACGCCGACGGACGCAAAUCAAAGUAA